CGUUGGAGAGCUCGACCCGCAAACGUAUUAGAAUUCAAACACUUUCCAAAUCGAGAAUGUCGCAGGAGUACGAGCCAAGAUCCACUUUGGCGCAGUCUUCAGAGAACAUAAUGAGAGGCGAGAUUUCUCCUCGUCCGUCCAUGAGCACCGUCUCCUUCGAAGCAUGUUUCCCUGCACCGGUGCUUUCUGUGGAAACAUAUCAAGCAUGCUUCUGUGCACCGGAGGUUUCCAUAGACAAACAGUUCCCACACGGGUGCAUUGCAUUGCUUGAUGCGGUACUGAGAGGCAACUGGAAAGCAGGAAAGGAAUUCCUAUAUGGCAAUCCAUCAGCUGUACGUGCCAGGAUCACGAGAAAUAUGGAGACCGCUCUCCAUAUUGCGGUAGGCGAGGGACACAGGGAAUUUGUUGAGGAACUGGUGAAGAUGAUGUUGCCCGAGGACUUGGAAUUGCAGAACAAGGAUGGGGACACUGCUCUCUACUUUGCCGCUGCAUCCGGAGAUAGAGAGAUAGCCAAGGCGCUGGUCGAUAAGAAUCCUCGGCUUCCGCUGAUUCGGGGCAACAAUGAGGCAACGCCCUUGUACAUUGCAGCCCUGUUAGGGAAACAAGACAUGGUGCGGUAUCUGUUGUCAGUCACAGAUGACAGAUAUCUAACUGACUUGGAUCGCAUUGACAUCCUUGGUGCCACCAUCAGUUCCAAUUUCUUUGAUGUGGCUUUGAGACUGAUUGGUCAACAUCCCAAUUUAGCUUUGGCUCGGAUGCGAAACGGAGAAACGGCUCUCCAUGUGCUAGCGCAGAUGCCCUUGGCAUUCUCGAGUGGGAGUCAGCUAGCGAUCCGGCUGAGGUGCCUCUUUUCAUUUACAGGUACGCAGGAGAUGCGCGAUCUGAAAUGGGCGCAUAUGCCAGCAGUUAAGCUGUUGGAGCUUAUAUGGAGAGAGGUUUCUUUGCUCGAUGAUGGAGGUAUCGGAGAACUUCUCAGGGAACCAUCGCGACUGCUGUUAACUGCUGCAGAAUUAGGAAACUACGGCUUCUUAACUGUGCUGAUCCGUCUCCAUCCUGAACUUUGGAAAUUUGAUGAUCCGAAGCAGAGCAUAUUUCAUGUUGCAGUUGCACAUCGUCACGAGAAGAUCUUUAGACUAAUAUAUGAUAUUGGUGCUCACAAAGAUAUGAUUGCAGCUUACAAAGAUGAAAAUGACAAUAACAUAUUGCAUUUGGCUGGAAGGGGUCCUCCAAGUCUACUCAAAAUUGACUCCCGGGAAGAUCUACUAAUGCGGCGAGAGCUAUCGAUGUUCAAGGAGGUAGAAAAGGUUGUGCAACCUUCUUAUCGAGAAAUGAAAAAUUCCGAGGGAAAAACACCUUAUCUUCUUUUCACCGAGGAGCACAAAGAACUCAGACAAGAAGAAGAAAAAUGGCUGAAGGACACGGCGUCUACUUGCAUGGUUGUUGCGACACUCAUUGCAACUGUGAUGUUUGCUGCCAUCUUUACUGUUCUCGGUGGCAAUAAUAAUGACACGGGGAAGCCUAUUUUCCUACAUCACAAGUCGUUCAUGGUUUUUGCCUUAUCAACUGCGUUGGGUAUCUUUUCCUCUGCAACUUCAAUCUUGAUGUUCCUUUCCAUCUUGACAUCACGCUUUGCGGAGGAAGAUUUUCUGCAUUCCUUGCCAAACAGGCUGGUGUUAGGACGCGGAAGCCUCUUUGUCUCCUUAGCCACCACGGCAGUGGUCUUUGGGGCCACCCUUUUUAUCCGUCAUGGUGACGAUUAUGCUUGAAUCACUAUUCCAAUUGGUGCUUUUGCUUCUGUGACCGUGACCUUUUUUGCUUUGCUCCAAUUUCCCUUUUAUCUGAUAUGAUCGAACACUUAUACAUCCACGGUUUGCUUUCUCAUCCAGAAGACUGUCCGUUGUUCCGACCAUUAACGACCAGCACAUGAGACUUGCUGGAAGUUUGCAUUGCAUCAACACAAACCAUUUUGCUAGCUGGAACAGAUGAUUGAGCUGAACUUUUGUUUGUAUUGUGCGUUGAAUCUAAUGGAGCCUUUUUAUAUGAUUGUAUCUUACGCUUUUAACUGCUAGUGAAGUGCAAAUUUUUGUCUAGUCAAGCAAAUAGCUCAAGUUACAACUUGGUGACCUUUCCAACUUGGAAAGAGAAGUGUUAUGUUGAAGGAAUGCUUGU